AUGUAUCCCGCCAGCUUCCUCGUCGGGGCCACUCUCGCCCUCUCCGCAGCCGCACUCCCAUCCGAGCUUCUCCCCCGAGCGGACGGCUACUGCAACACGUCCAAGAACGUCCAGGGCCGCGCCAACGGCCUCGUGGCCAAGUACCCGGCCAUCAGCGGCGGCGGCAGCUGCAUCCUCAAGGACUCGGCCCUGGGCGCGGGCGUCUCGACGCUCCAGACGGCGCUGAACCGCUGCUACGCGGCCGGGCUGGACGUCGACGGCGACUUUGGCCCCAAGACCACCGCCGCGGUGAAGAAGGCGCAGCGGGCAGAGGGGGGUUUGGAUGUCGAUGGGAUUUGGGGGCCUAAAGGUUACAUUAUGCACGUCGCUUACCAUACCCAGUUCCGUACAAUCCUGACGAUGUUGAGAACCUUCUCCUCAACGGUGUUGACGAUCAAUGUCAACGGCGUCUAUUUCAUGACUGCUUUCUGCGUCCCGCUGCUCCGCAAAGCAGUUGACCCCAACGUCGUCAUCAUCUCAUCCAUCGCAGGCCUAUCGAUCCAAAGGGUGCUCGGCCUUCCAACUUAUAGCAUUUCCAAGGCAGCUGCUGUGCAAACCGGCAAGCUGCUCGCCGGCCGUCUCCACCCAAUGAAAAUACGCGUCAACACCAUCUGUCCGGGUGUCUUCCCAUCGGAAAUGACGGGCCAGUCGUCGGGCGAAGAAGACAAGCACGGAUGGGGCAUGGGUGAGGUGGCGGCCAAGGCCUCGAUGCGCUCCACUGCGGGACGACCGGGCAGGCCCGAGGAGAUUGUAGGUCCGGUGAUCAUGUUGUCUAGCGCGGCGGGAGGGUUCACCAACUGCGCGAUGCUGACGGUGGACGGCGGACGGCUGAUGAGCGCCUCGAUCCAUGAUGGGUUGAAGUUGCCCGAGGAUACCUAUGCUUGA